AUGGCUGAUUACGACAACGAUAACGGCCGCUAUGCCGACGAACCCCGGUACGAGCGCGACCGCAGCGCCUCUCCCCGUGAUGAGCCCCGAGGCGACCGUGCCCGCAGCCGCUCCCCCAAUGGCCGCCCCGACGACCGGCCCAGACCCUCGGCGAUUCGUAAACCUCUGGAUGACGAUGAGGAGGGUGCCCAGAACUCCGGCUCUAACCUUUUCGUGACUGGCAUUCACCCUCGUCUGACCGAGUCCGACGUCUCGCGCCUAUUCGAGAAGUACGGUGAUGUGGAAAACUGCUCGAUCAUGCUCGACCCCCACACCAAGGAGUCCCGUGGCUUUGGCUUCGUCAAUAUGGCCGCUGCCGACCAGGCCGAUGCCGCCAAGGAAGGCCUCCAGGGCGAGGUCAUCGAGGGCCGCACUCUCAGCAUCGAGAAGGCCCGUCGCAGCCGUCCUCGUACCCCGACUCCUGGCAAGUACUUCGGACCCCCCAAGCGCGAGCGUGGACCCGGCGGCCCCCCUCGCCGUGAUGACCGCUACGGUGACCGCCGUGGUGGCUAUGGAGGUGGUGGCUGGCGUCGUCGUGAUGAUGACCGCUACGGCCGUUAUGACUCGUAUGACCGUCGCGGCGGUGGCGACUACGGUGGCCGUGACUCUGGUCGUCGUGACUACCGCGGUGGUGGAGAAUACCGCGACGAUUAUGGUGGCUACCGUGGCGGUGGUGGUGGUGGAGACCGCUAUGGUGGUCGCGAGGACCGUUACAGCCGCGAUGACCGCCGUGGUGGUGGUGAAGGCGGUGGUCGUGACCGUGGCUACUACGAUCGCGAUGCCAACCCUGCCAGCUACGAUGCUGCGCCUCCCCGCGAGCCUCGCGAGGCCUAUAGUGGCGGUGCCGGCGGUAAUGGUGGUCGCUCCUACGAGGGCCGUCCCGAUGACCGCUACGGCAGCAGGUAG